AUGGAAACCACCACCGUCACAACCAAACCCGCCGCCGGAAGAAAAGGUGGCGAGAGGAAGAAAGCCGUUUCCAAAUCCACCAAAGCAGGUCUCCAAUUCCCCGUCGGUCGUGUCGCUCGGUUUUUGAAGAAAGGCCGCUACUCACUCCGUUUGGGAACCGGUGCUCCGGUCUACCUCACCGCCGUUCUCGAAUAUCUCGCCGCCGAGGUUCUUGAAUUGGCUGGAAAUGCUGCCAGAGAUAACAAGAAGAAUAGGAUUAACCCUAGGCACGUGUGUCUUGCUGUGAGAAACGAUGAUGAAUUAGGAAAAUUGCUUCAAGGUGUUACGAUUGCUCACGGUGGAGUUUUGCCUAACAUUAACCCGGUGUUGUUGCCGAAGAAAACUAGUUCUGCUGCUGAGAAAUCUACUGCUUCUAAAUCUCCUAAGAAAUAG